CCCCAGUCUCUGUGAUUACUUUCCUCCCAAACCUGCAGCCAGCACCCAGGGGACACCCAGCGCCUCAGCAGCACCCGCAGCACCCUCAGCCAGCGCAGGUUAGGAAGGUGCCCCAGCGCCCAGUCCUGGAACGUUUCUGCACCCGGAGGGCACUGCCAACAUGAACUCCUUAUUCAGAAAGCGAAACACGGGCAAAUACAGCCCCAGCAACUCCGCGAUCCAACCCAAAGUCGUCUCCAGCAAGGAGCUUUCGGAGCUCAUCGAGAGGCUGCAGAAGAAUGCCGACCAGGUGGAGCGCAACGUGGUGGACACCGACUCCAAGCUGCAGAAGGAUGUGGAUAAGAUUCGCGCCUCUCAGUCUGUGAUUUACAAGGAUCAGACGGCGCACACCAUGACGGAGUCCGAGAGACUGAUAGUGGUGCUGGAGACGGACGCCAUUCUAGCUCGUCAGCUCAACCACCCGCAGGCAGACAUGAUAUCAGAGGAUAUCCGCCAGCUGAAGGAACGUGUCGGUAAUCAGAAGAAGAAGCACGAGCAGAUUUACAAUCAAACGGCCCCAGCAGGACAAGUUCCCAAAGUCAACUGGAGCAACGUCAUCGACGAUAAGAUGGAUCUGCUUAGCAAGCAAGGCUUCGCCACGGACCUCCCGAACCUGGAGAAUCAGAUUGAGGAGCACAACCUCUUUCACAACGAGGUCAAAGCCAUCGGGGAUCACGUGAACAAGGACAACGACAAGGAGUAUAUCAGCGGCCUGCAGGUCAAGUACCAGAAACUUUUGUCUGCGUCCCAGAAGCGCCAGCGCGACCUGGGUACCCUGCAGGAUUACAUGCAGCGCUGCACCAACGAGCUCUACUGGCUGGAUCAGCAGGAGAAGGAGAGGAUGGAGUACGACUGGAGCGACCGCAACACCGACUACAUCAGCCGCCGCCGGCAGUACGAGAAUUUCAUCCAGCGGAGCCUGGAGACCAAGGAGCAGGAGAUCAGUAAACUUCAGGAGGAGGGCGACAAGCUGCUGGAAGCCGGUCACCCCGGGAAUGUCCCCAUAGAGGCUCACAUGGAGGCCGUGCACGCCGACUGGAAGGAGUAUCUGAACCUCCUGAUCUGCGAGGAGAGCCACCUGAAGUACAUGGAGGAUUACCACCAGUUCUACAGAGACGCCAAAGACGCCCAAGACCUCCUGAAGAGGGUGGACGGGGACCUCGACCAUCGCUACAACCCGGACUUCAAGGAUAAAUUUCAGAUCGAGGCUCAGCUGAGGGAGCUGGAGGAUCAGGAGAAAGCGCUGGAUAAGUACGAAGACGUCAUCCGUUCCUUACAGACGCGGAGUCAUCAGGUUCUCCCUCUGAAAUACCGCAGGGAGACGCCGCUGAAGCCGAUCCCCGUGGAGGCGCUCUGUGAUUUCAGCUCCGAGGAGGGUGAUAUCAGCCGCGGGUCGAGUUACACUCUGAAGACCAAUAAAGGGGAGCGAUGGGAGGUGACAGACAGCAGCGGGAAGAAACUCGUUGCCCCUGGCGUUUGUUUCACGAUCCCCCCAACAGACCCCGAGGCUACGGCUCUGGGCGAGAGCAUCAACAACCAAUUCCAAGCCACCAAGAAGAAAGCCGCGGGAAGCCGGACCGCCCUCAUCCAGCGUUACGAAGACCUGAAGAAAGAGUCCGGCAAGGUGGUUUCCAACGCCCAGGACAUACAGGGCCGACAGCUGCUGGCCGGGAUGGACAAGGUCAUCACAGACCUGGACAGGCAGGAGAAGGCGGUUAGCGCCAAGCUACGUCCGCCAUUGGAGCAGAGCCGAGCCGUGCAGGACAGCUCAGAGAGGCUGAAGGAGCUCAAGAAUAUCUCCAACCAGGUGCAGCGCAUAGAACCCGAGAAGAACCAGCGAGUCCAGGAGUGUGAAGCCUACCUGGCCAACUCCUCCGACGUCUCCAGCUCAUCCGUCCUAAGGAGCAAGACGGCAGAAACCAACAAGAAGUACGACCGGGUCAACGAUCUGCUCGGUGCUGCGCAGGACAAGCUUGAGGGAGCCAAUCGCCUGGAGGGCAGCCUGCAGAAGAGCCGCGAUCUGCUUGCCACCUACGAGAGCAAAUUGUGCCAGGAUGACACCGUGCCAGAAGACCCGCGAUCGGUGGAGAAGAAGCUGCAGGAGCUGGCGGUGAUGAGUACAGAGCUGCAGAUCGGAAGAGGCGUCCUGGCUGAGGCCGAACAGAACUUACACAACUGCAAACUGAGCUGUAACAACCUGGCCAACCGUUUCCAGGAGCAUUGCCCAGAUAUUGAGCGUCAGGAAGCCGAGGUGUCCAAGCUCAACCAGCGCUACAGUCAGCUGGACCAACAGAUCCAGAGCAGGUCGUUGGCUUUGCAGAAGGCCAAGGCCGCCUAUUCUAACUACCGUAACAACUACGACAGUGUCGAUGGCUGGCUCCGUAACUUACCCACCUAUGAGCCCAAGGACACGGACAAUGUCAAGCAAGUGGAGACCAAACUGAAGAACCAACGGCUCCUGCUCGCUGAGAUAGCAGACCGGGAUCAGGACAUGCAGCACGUGUCGAAGAAUGCCCAGCAAUACCAGCAGGCGGUAAAGGACUACGAGCUCGAUGCAGAGAAACUGAGGUCUAUCACCGACAUGGAGAACAGACGGAACACGUACGGCAAACGAGCCAGGAUCCAAUCUCCGGCCACCAAAGUGAAGGAAGAGGAAGCGGACCUGGCUGCUCGAUUCACGGAAGCCAACGCUGUGAACAAGCAGAGGAUGCAAAGCCUGGAGUUCGCGCAGAGCCUCCUACGUCAGCAGCCGGACGUGGAAGUCCAACAACAAUCCGUUCAGAUGAGCCGGUCGGAGAAACCUGCCGAGGAGACCUGGAAAAUCAAGAAUAUGUUGGAUGACGAGGUCCAGCGUCGGCAGCAGCUGGAAUCGGAGAUUAAGAGCACCCGCGAAGAGAUCGUCUUUCUCCAGAACCAGAAACCUCAAGAAACCAUUGUGAAGAAAGAGGUACUGAAGAAAGUACCCGAUCCGCAGCUGGAAGAAGAUUACCACAAGGCUCUGGAGAAAGUCUCAGAAGAUCAGCGUAAGAGCAAGUCCUUGCAGGAUGAACUAGAGUCCCUGAGGCUGACGUUAAGAACUCUGGAGUACGAGCAAAAGGAAGGAGGCCAGCAAUACAUCGUCAAAGAAGUAUUGAGGAUUGAGAAGGACAAGCAGCAGCAGGAGGACUUCUUACGGCUCAAAGAAGAGUUAGAGGAACUAAAGAGACAGAAGGGGUCAAAGACAAAUGAGAUUGCGAGCGUGAAGGAGAGAUUGGCCAUCCUGAUAGAAGAAAAGAACAAACCACAGGAAAAGAUAACUGAAAAGGAGGUGGUCAAGCUACAGAAUGACCCCCAGCUAGCAACAGAAUACAAAUUACUUCAAGAGACCAUGCAGAGAGAGAAGGCAGAAAGGCAGAAAGAGGAGGAAGAGCUUCUCCUGCUUCAAGAAAAACUAAAACGUCUGGAGAAAGAGCGAGCCAUGGCCGAGGGCAAGAUCACAGUGAAAGAAGUGCUGAAGGUGGAGAAAGACAUGGCAAGUGAGAGAGAGGUGGCCGACCUCCGCAGGCAGUAUGAGGAGGAGACCUCUAAGAUACGUUUAAAUCUGCGCGAGAAGAAUGAGCUGAUCCGAAAGAUUAACGUCUUGGAAGAGGAGAACUCCAAAGUCGUCGUCCAAGAAAAAGUGCGAGAGAUUGUCCGCCCGGAUCCCAAAGCAGAGAGUGAGUUGGCAAACCUGCGCCUGGAGUUGAUUGAGCAAGAGAGGAAGUACAGAGCAUCGGAGGAGCAACUGAAAGUUCUCCAGACUGAGAUGGAAUCCAUAAAGAAACGUGGACCUCAGAUAGAGAUAAAAGAAAUAACCAAGGAAGUCAUCAAGCAUAAGACAGAUCCAGAAGUCCUAGCUGAACUAGAGAAGCUCCGAGGAGAGAUCUUGGAGAAGACCAGAGUGGUAGAGCGUUCGGAACUCGAGAUUACUCGACUGAAACAGGAGAUCCAAAGUUGGAUAGACACUAAACCACAGGUACAGAUAAAAGAGGUGGUCCAGGAGGUGCUACAAUACAGAGAAGACGCUGCCACCAAGAAAGAAGUUGAGACUCUAAGAGCCAAGUUGGCUGAAGAGCAGAAGAAGCGUUUGGACCUUGAAAGGGAAAGGAUGUCCCAAGAAGAAAAGAUAAGGCAGAAAGAGAGAGAGCUGUCCCAGGUGAAGGAGAAGGUGGUUCACCAAGAGGUGGUGAAGUACGAAGAAGAUCCAUUGCUGAAGUCGGAGGUUAACAGUUUCGCGAAGAACAUCGAAAACGAGCUGAAACAAAAGGACUCUCUUCAGGAAGAACUUCGCAAGUUGCAGUGGCGGAAAUCAGAACUCGAACGUCAACUCGAAGAGCUUGAGAGGGAGAGGCAGGCAAGGAGAGAGGCAGAACUUGAGAUCAAGAGACUGAAGAUGAGGUUGAACGAGUUGGAACAGAGAGAGAUAGAGACCAAGGAGAAAGUAACCCUGAAGCAAAAGGUGGUCUUGCAACAAGAUCCACAGCAAGAGAAAGAACACAACUUACUGAAGCUCCAAGUGGAAGAAGAGAGACACAGGAGGCAGAUGCUUCAGACAGAACUGGAGGCGCUGCAACAUAAACUCAUCACGCUGGAGAAGACGGAGGUGAAGGAGAAGGUUGUUUUCACAGAGAAAAUCGAAGUAGAGAAGGAUGCCGAAACGGAGAAAGAAAUAGAGAGACUUAAGGUCAGCCUGGAAGAAGAGAACAAGCGCAAGAGAGAGCUGGACUCUGAAGUCGAUCAGCUUCAAGCUCGACUUUCUGAGCUGGAGUUCAGCAACUCCAAGUCCAACAAGGAACUGGAGUACCUGAGGGAAGAAGUCCACAAACUACAGAUGGAAAAGCAAAGCUUGCAAAUGGAUGUCCGUCACCUGGAGUCAGAGAUACAGCUUACCGAUAGAGAGACAUGGGAUCUCCGAAGCAUGACUCAAGUAGACAGCGGUGUGAACCUAGACUCGCGCCUGUCUAUCUUGGAAAAAGAGUUGAGGGAACUCAGGAGAAUAUCCAGCGAGAAGGAUCUUGAAAUCGAACAGUUACAGAAACGCAUGGAGAACACGGCAAUCAAAAGGGAGCAGAGAGAAAACCACUUGCGCAGGUCCAUCGUAGUCAUCGAUCCGGACACGGGAAGAGAGAUGUCCCCAGAAGAAGCUCGCAACCUGGGUCUGAUUGACUGGAAGAUGUUCGUUAACCUCCAGAGCCAAGAGUGCGAUUGGGAAGAAACCUCAAUCAAGGGGCCCAACGGCGAAUCCUCGGUCAUCCACGACAGAAAAUCCGGCAAGAAAUUCGACAUUGAGGAUGCCUUGAAGAGCGGCCGCAUCACCAAACGUCAGUACGACAGUUACCUCAACAAGGAGAUGUCCAUCCAAGAAUUUGCCGCCUUGGUGUCCGGCAAGAAAUAAAUCGUGGUCCGGCGACCACCCACGGGGUAUAAAACGGACAUUGAGCGGCGAUCCAGCUGCCGUUAGCCACCAUCCUACGUAUAGAUUAUAUGGCGUUGAGACAACGCCGGUGACCACCUGACAUACAGGUCACAAGACGGCACCGAGAUUACUUCUCAGGUAUUCACAACGCUGUUCCUUAUCACCCGAAUAGCACUGAUUGGUAAAAAAAAAUUGAGUGAAAAUGUAUGCAUCCUACACUUACCGUUCUGCUACGUUUUUUUUUUUUAACCUCACCAUUUCCUACACAGCUUCUUAAAAAAAUUAUAUUAAAAUACGAAAAAAAGAGGAAUGUUACAGAAACGAUCCAAUUUAUGUUGCGAUAUAAUUUUCUAUUGUUACGUCUUAUUCUUAAACCAAAGAUCCGAGGGAAGGUUGCCAAGACGACGUGCACUGAACAGAAUAGAAAAGUACAAAUAAACCAAAAAAAAAUAAAAAAUUAUAUAUAUAUAUAUAUAUAUAUAUAUACAUAAAAUAGAUUACUGGUUUAUACCCCCCCUCCAUGCCAUACGGGGGCAGAGUAUUUUAUAUAAUAUGUUUGGUAAAUGGUUUGAAUUUACUUCUAUCCGCUCUCCCCCUGCCCAGCUGCCGUAGUGCCUUACUAACCAACACCUUUCCGGCGUAACUUUGCGGUGCUUCGACCACCGCUUUGUCCUCGUUUCUGUGCAUCUCAUUUAUUUCUGGGUGGAAUAAGGGGAUUAUAAAAAAAUGUAUUUUAUUUAUGUUAAUGCUAAUAAAAAGGCGGUGGUUUUGAA